GCCUACAUGAAGUGAUGAUCCGAUCCUUUUUACUUCCCUCUACGCACCGUCCGGCUCGGGAGGCCAUGUCGUGUCGUGCUGCGCGGAAUGGGCCCAUCACGCCCCAUCCUCAUCACGAGCCAUCACGAGCCAUCACGACAAUAUCGGAAUGGCGAGCGAUGAAUAGAGUUUACCCUCCGCCCGUCACAACCUAGUGUGCUGCCAUUGCCUUUCUAGCUCGAGCUCGACCAACCUCCGCCUGCUUGCCUGGCCCCUGAUUACUCAACGGCUCAUAGGCCUACCUUUUGCAAUCACGAUAACUCGCGUCGCGAGGUGCAUCGUAAGCUGGCCUUGGAGGCUAUCAUUCCGCUCGCUCUCGCCCGACUCUAUCUCCACCUUGUAUGAUUCAAUCCUGUGGCCAGGUGAGCAUCAUGCUUCAAGUCGGCUAUUCGAUACAGCUUUGGUAAUGUGAUCGACACGGAACUCCUUCCCAGGAGCUUAGCAUUGUCGGGCUCUUUUCCGACGGCGCGGCCGACGUUCACGCCGGCCAAAUGCUGCACAUAUCGCUGGGACCUCCCCUCUCCCC